CCUCCCCUCCCCUCCCCUGCCCUGCCUCCCAGAGGAGCCCCACGGGCCGCAGCCUUGACAGUGAUCUCCCUGCACAUGUGCAAAGGAGCGUCUUCAGUUACUGUACCACCUGCCUCGGCACACACGUUAGACUGGCUGGUUAUUUUAGGCCUCGUCUCUCCCCCUCCUCCAGCGUGUGGGAAAUGUUGGGAGUGGCUGAGACUGUCCAACAGGCAGGCUCCUCUCCCACACUACUGGUUCCCCCUUCUUCCUUCUCCUUAGUUUGGGUUUGGACGCCCUCUGGAGCGAUGGAUGACAGCCCUCUGCAGGUUCUGACGCUCCCCACUGCCCCGUACCCAGACCAGAGACCAGGCAGCAGCGGCCUCAGAAGGAAGGUCUUUGUUUUCCAGUCCAAGAGGAACUACCUUCACAACUUCAUCCAGAGCAUAUUUUCCUCCAUUGACCUGCGCGACCGCCAGGGGUCCACCAUGGUGGUGGGGGGAGAUGGACGCUACUUCAACCGAACGGCCAUCGGUGUUAUUGUGCAGAUGGCAGCUGCGAACGGGGUUGGCCGCCUGGUGAUUGGUCACCAUGGGAUCAUGUCGACGCCAGCUGUCUCCUGUGUCAUCAGGAAGUACAAGGCUAUCGGUGGCAUAGUCCUUACUGCCAGUCACAACCCUGGGGGUCCUGAUGGAGACUUUGGCAUCAAGUUCAACACAUCCAAUGGAGGCCCAGCACAAGAGACAGUCACAAACAAAAUCUUUCAGCUCAGUCGAACCAUAGAGGAGUUUGCCAUCUGCCCAGAGCUGAGCGUGGACUUGGCAACUCUGGGUAAACAGAUGUUUGACCUGGAGAACAAGUUCAAACCUUUCACAGUGGAAAUAGUGGACUCUGUAGAAUCCUAUGCCAACAUGGUAAGGAACAUCUUCGACUUUGCUGCGCUGAAGGAGAUGUUGUCCGGGGAAAACCACAUCAAGAUCCGUCUAGACGCCAUGCAUGGAGCGCUCGGCCCUUAUGUGAAGAGGAUACUGUGUGAGGAGCUGGGAUGCCCCGCCAACUCAGCCAUGAACUGUGUUCCUCUGGAGGAUUUUGGGGGUCAGUACCCAGACCCCAACCUCACCCACGCUGCAGAUCUGAUGGACACCAUGAGGGGGGGGCAGUACGACUUUGGAGCUGCGUUUGAUGGGGACGGGGACCGAAACAUGAUCCUUGGUAAGCAUGGCUUUUUCGUCAACCCCUCUGACUCUGUGGCUGUCAUCGCUGCCAACAUCUUCAGCAUCCCCUACUUCCAGCACUCAGGAGUGAGGGGCUAUGCCCGCAGCAUGCCUACCAGCACAGCCUUAGACAGAGUGGCCAAGGCAACCAAGAUUGAGCUGUAUGAGACUCCCACUGGGUGGAAGUUCUUUGGGAACCUGAUGGAUGCAGGCAGACUGUCCCUGUGCGGAGAGGAGAGUUUCGGCACAGGUUCUGAUCAUAUCCGUGAAAAGGAUGGGCUUUGGGCUGUGCUGGCAUGGCUGUCCAUCCUAGCUACCAGGAGACAGAGUGUGGAGGACAUCAUGAAGGAACACUGGCAAAAGUUUGGCAGGAACUUCUACACAAGGUAUGACUAUGAGGAGGUAGACCUUGACGCAGCCUGUGAGAUGAUGGAGGAUCUGGAGAUGUUCAUAGUGGACAAGUCCUUUGCAGGCCAAAGGUUUGCUGUCGGGGAGAAGGUCUACCAGGUGGAGAGAGCUGACAACUUUGAGUACAGCGACCCAGUGGAUGGGACCAUCUCUAGGAACCAAGGCCUUCGAAUAAUAUUCUGCGAUGGCUCCAGAAUCAUCUACAGACUCAGUGGAACAGGUAGCACCAGGGCAACAGUCCGCAUCUACAUAGAUGGCUAUGAGACAGACCCUGACAAGGUCUUCCAAGACCCACAGGCGAUGCUGGCUUCACUGGUUACCAUUGCUCUGAAGAUCUCACAGCUUCACAACCGAACGGGUCGCAGUGGCCCAUCAGUCAUCACAUAAGUCCCUAAAUCGUUUUUUUUUUUUUAUGUAUCUUAAUUUAAAUUAAUCCCAAUGUUCAUUCAAGUGGAAUAUUGUAAUAUAAAUAAAAUGUGUUUUGUCGGUUGGUAUCAAUUGUGCAUUGGUGAAAUUUUUAAACUUUUUAUCUUGUCAUGUCAGCCUUCAUAAAAUUAUUUCUUAGUAUACAAAUGCUCAUCUAUCUUAUACAAUUAUCCAAC